AGGGCGGAUAACUCUUACCGCUUAACCUCAAACUGGUUGCGACAGCUUUCGUGCCCAUAACUUUAGACAUUUCCAAGUCGGACCGAAGCCACACCCUCGGGAUAACUGUCAAACUUGUGGCCGCCUUCCUGCUUUUUAUGCCAACAGAAUAAGGAGGUAGUCAUCAGUACCCAGAUUCAAGAUGUCCGCACCCUACCCUAACGCAGCCCCGCAGCAGGUCGAUAUCAUUGUUCCAGAAGGAAAACCAGGUGCACCCAUGCCUCAACCAGAGCCUGGCUACCCCCCUCAACAGCCUGGCUACCCCCCUCAACAGCCUGGCUACCCUCCACAGCAGCCUGGCUACCCUCCACAGCAACCUGGCUACCCUCAACAGCAACCUGGUCAGCCCCCCCAGCAACAGCAGCCAGGGUACCCAGCCCAGCCCGGUGGCCAGGCAAUAGGGAUGCAACCAGUGCCUGGAGUGCCCCCAGUGGGAGGGCCUGGGGGUUGGGCUCAGGCACAAGCACCUGUCAACUGUCCACCAGGGCUGGAAUAUCUGGUCGGCAUAGACCAGCUGCUCGUCAAACAGAAGAAAGAAGUAUUUGAAGCUGUGACCGGGUGCGAGAGAAACAACAAGUACGAGGUGUGCAACACCCUGGGCCAGACGGUGUACAGGGCUAAGGAAGACAACUGUUGCUGUGUGCUGUGCUGCUGCGGAGCUGUAAGACCCUUUGACAUGAAGAUCAAAGACAACCAGAAUCGUGAAGUGAUGCACUUGUCACGACCUCUACGCUGUAACACUUGCUGGUGUCCUUGUUGUCUGCAGGUGAUAGAGGUGCAAGCCCCACCCGGCACGGUGAUCGGCUACGUGAAGCAGGGCUGGCAUCUGUGUAAGCCCAAGUUCUACAUCCAGAACGUGGAUGAACAGACCAUCCUGGGGAUCAAGGGGCCCUGCUGCCAGUGGAAUAUCUGUGGCGACGUCGAGUUUGAUGUGACGUCUGCUGACCACAGUACGGAGGUGGGAAGGAUCUCCAAGCAGUGGUCCGGACUGGCCAAGGAGGUAUUCACGGAUGCUGACAACUUCGGUAUCUCCUUCCCCAUGGAUCUGGACGUCAAGAUGAAGGCUGUCAUGUUGGGAGCAAUCUUCCUCAUUGAUUUCAUGUACUUUGAAAAUGACAAGAAGAAUGUCAAGAAGGAGAUGGAUCAUUUACAUUAGAAUGACAGGACAUGUUCAGACAGUACAACAAGAUAGUUGAGAUGCUGUCUGCAAUGGCCUUCUCACCUGUUCAUUCAGCACACAUGAUUAGUGUUCCUUAAAUAGACAUGGAACCUAUGAUAAGGAUUAGGUUAUACAACAUGUAAUCCAUCACUUUCAUACAACAUUUUAAUUUUCUGUCGGUGCACACUCAAAGUUGACCAGCUAUAUAAAGGAAAUGGCCCACUUGCCUAGGUACUACAUUUCGUUGUGCAGAGUUGCACCCCUUGGGCAUGCCAGUAAGUUUUGAUUGUGGGUUUGAAUCCUGGUCCGCCCUGAUUAUGUUUGAAGUUUUGUCAGCACCCGCGCUCAUGGGUUUCACCAUAGUAGUUAAAAUCGAAAAUAAAUCUGACACACAGUCAUAUGACUGAAAUAAUGUUCAAAGUAGCAUUAAACAUGUUGAACUCCACACCACAGCACACCACAGCACACCACACCACACCACACCACACCACAGCACACCACACCACACCACACCACACCACACCACACCGGGGAGUCUGUCGGUUAAAGCGGUCGCCCGUCACACCGAAGACCCUGGUUCAAAUCCCCAUAUGAGUACAAUAUAUGAAGCCUGUUUGUGGUGUGCCUGCCGCAGUAUUGCUGGAAUAUUGCUCUUAAGCGGGGGUAAAACCACUCACUCCUUUGGCCAAGAUGACAGCAUGAUGUGUCAGUUGCUGUUCCACCUCUGUAAGACCUGCUUAGACAUCCAUAUACACCAAAUAUUUUCUUUGAUAUUAGCAACCACCCAGAUUAUGUUGUUUUCUGUGAUAUACUGGCACCUAUAUUAAUACCUGUAUUAAUCACUGUAUUCAACUUUUUAAAUCAACACAGUAAAUGUGUAACUUUUAAAAGCUUUGAUAUUAUCAAAGUGCGUUUAAGGUCAGUGUAUAAAUGUUUGAAAUUGUUUUAGUUUACUUCAUCUUUUAUGUAUAUGCUUUUUAGUAUACAUUUUUUAUUUCACUUCUCACCUUGAUCAGGAACCCAUAUUUAUUGUUUCUGUAGAGCAGAUAUUUCUACCGUAUAUCUGCGUAUAUGUGUAGAUGGUGAUCCCUGUGAUGGCACUUGUAGACUUCAUCUCAGAUUGUAAUGAUUCACUGAAGUAUCUGUGUAUCCUGAUACUUUGUACCAUGAUACAUGUAUUGUAUCAUAUAUAAAUGUUUCCGUGGUAUGUACAGGUUUUUAAAGCCACUCUUUGUAAAAAUUCUGCAUAUUUACUGAUAAAGUUUCAAUUCAGCUUAAUUCUGUAAUUCUGUAAUUCGCUUUCUUUGAUAGAUAGCGUCUCCUUUAGACAAGAUGUGUAGUGUUUGUAUGUAUCAAAUAUUGUGUAUUACCGUAGAUCUCUGACUGGUAGACAAAAAUGGACUCAAGUAGCUGUGUCUCAAAACCCGACCUGGAUUCAAACACUUUCAACAGUAACAUGUCAGACAAUCGACAGUUUCCCUUCUCUCCUUAGCACCAUCUAUUUAUCAUUUUUCUUCCAUGCCUGCAGGGGCGGUCAUUUAGCCUAGUGGUUAAAGCGUUCGCUCAUCAUGCCGAAGACCCAGGUUCGAUUCCCGACAUGGGUACAAUGUGUGAAGCCCAUUUCUG